CCCUUUAACGCUCAAAGGAUCAUUAUCUCCUGACAGUCUCCCAUCUUCUCUAAACUCUCAAUUUGUCUUUCAAGAGGCAUAGAGUCAAGGUUGGAAAAUACGACUGAAUGAACAAGAUUAUGCCAAGACUUCUUUUAUUCUAUCACAAACUUCAAUGCUAUGGAAAAUUGAAUCAACAUUUUUUGAAGUUGAUAGGUGAGGACUUUUUAGAAUGGGCUCUGCGGUGAAAGUAUCGUCAAACGAAAAUGUAUAAAAGCAGAGGAUCCGAAAUGAUCUUCAUAAUCGAACUCUGAGUUGGAAGCUGAAGAAGAAACAGAAGAAGGCUGAGCAGUACUAUUGUUUAUUUAUCUUGCUUCUAAGUUUUCAUUUAUAUACUUUAUAGACUAGAGAAACUGACAAUGGCAACUUUAGUGACAUUCAUCUGCCUUCUAGCAGCAUGUUGCAUCGUAGCUGAGGCUCAUAAGAACCCAAUUACCAAUAUCAAAGCGAAGCCAGAGCUAAAUCCUGUUGGGCCUCCACAGAAACAGACCAUGUUCGAUUUUCCUGUAGACCAAGGAACCGGUCCAAGCUUCGCUGGUCCAAGCAUCGGUGGUCCUAGCACGGCGGGAAGUUCUCUGAGCUACAUGAUUCCCGGCUCCUCCUCCGAAGAAGUGUCCGACGUCGACAUGGAGAUGGAUGCGGACAUCAACGACGUCGACAGUGUCCUAUCCUUUGUCUUCGGAAGGAACGGGAAUCAGAUCAGCGGGAAUAUGCGUCCACUUCUCCCCGGGAACGGAAGACAGCGAGUCAUGUCUGGUGUGGAAGCAGGCGAAUAUGACCAGCUCAAGGGAAGAACCUCCGGGUCAUCGGGACGGGGUGUUGGUAUUGCCUUUGGGGUUCUAGGACUACUCGCACUUGUUGUAGCCGCCGCUUUCUUUACAAUCAGGAGAUACAGGCAGGACAUACCAGUCUUGGUCCGUACAUAGAGAAUUACAGCGUCGACAAAAAUGUCGUUUCAGAGCAGGGAGAUUUAAUCUCCGACUCAUCUUCCUGUAUGUUCAGAGCGACUGUAACACUUUUUGCAUUAUCAUAAUAACAUGUUUAGCUGCAUAUUCUAUUUACAAUCAUAGUUUAUACCUUUUUUCCCUUCAUAUUUAUUAGACUUUGUCUGCAAAUAACUUUGAAAUAAAGGGUACAAGAGGACGAGCUUAGGGUAGGAACAUAGAGUGGAAAAAACGAAUAUGUAUUCCUGGAUACUGAUCAUAGUGGAUGACAUUGUUUAUUCUUAUUGUACUCAACCUACCCAUGUAUACAACUAAAUCAUUGAAGGAAUUUUGUUCAUUUGAUUAAACAUUCGUAUUUAACUUUUUUGUUUUCCAAAAAUAUAUUUUUCCUAGUCAGAUUCCUCUUACAAUCUGUUUUAUAUCCAAAUUGGGGAAAAUUUUUAAUUCAUUAAUCUUACCAUCAUGCAUAUUAUGAUUUAUGUUAAAUUUUCAUACCGUUUUAUGUAGGCAUCAUUCUUACCUACACAAUACUAAAAAUACAGUGUGUUUAACAUGGGUGGCAGUAAAUAGCCCGGGAGAGGGAGAGUUCGAACAUUUAAAAUACCGUAGUAGAAUAAAAUGAUUGGAUAAAGUCAUUAAAAUGAA